GUUUUCGUGACCGUGCGAAGCACGCUUUACUCCGCUCUCGUUAAUUGAUUAAAACACGGUUAACCAUAAAAGGAUAUUUUUACUAUUUUGAAACAAAUGUAAUCUGUUAAUAUUGCUUACGUGGCUAAUCACAUUAGCAAAAAUCAAGCAAAACAGUUGUUCACAGUACUGAAAUCAGUUUAGUAAAAAACCAACGCACAAAACACAAUCAAAGUGCUGAGACCUGUGGAAAGGGCGCAACAAUUGCAGCCGAGGGCAGCAAAACGAACAAAAGGCAGGCAACAAGGAGAAACGCAAACAAGAGCGAGUGCAAGGAGAAAGAGAGAGAGAGAGAGCGCAAACAAGUAAAAUGACGGACGAAUGCAAAAUAAGAAGCUUUGGUUCUCACAGCGGCAAAAUAAACAACGAUGCAGAUAUCACCGAUGCGCAAGGAGAAGCGGGUGCAAGAGGUGGCAGUGCAUCCAACGCAGUCGCGCCACCCGUUAACAAGUAUGUAGCCCGUAUGCCCACCGAUCGCUAUGCCACAGAGUAUAAUAUGAAUCACAAGCAUCGCGGACUGGCAUUGAUUUUCAAUCACGAAUUCUUUAACAUACCCUCGCUGAAGGCACGCGCCGGCACAAAUGUGGACUGCGAGGAACUGCGCAAGGCUCUAAAGCGUCUGGAUUUCGAUGUGACUGUGCACAAGGAUUGCAAGCUGGGCGACAUACUCGAGCAUAUCAGGAAGGCCGCCGCGCAGGAUCACAGCGACAACGAUUGCAUAGCCAUUGCCAUAUUGUCGCAUGGCGAACAUGGCUACCUCUAUGCGAAUGAUGUGCAGUACAAGCUGGACAACAUAUGGCAUUAUUUGACAGCCAACAAUUGCCCCACGUUGGCAGGUAAACCGAAAUUGUUUUUCAUACAGGCCUGUCAGGGCGACAGAUUGGACUCGGGCGUAACGCUGGAAAAGAACGUAACUGAGACGGAUGGCGAUUCGUCAACGAGCUACAAAAUACCCAUUCAUGCCGAUUUUCUAUUCUCAUAUUCAACGAUUCCAGGAUACUAUUCCUGGCGCAACACUGAAAAGGGCUCAUGGUUCAUACAGGCGCUCAUCCAAGAGCUAAACGAAAACGGCAAAGUCUACAGUAUGCUGAAAUUGCUCACUUUUGUUAGCCAACGUGUGGCUGUGGAUUUCGAGUCGAACGUGCCAUCUACUCCGAUCAUGGAUCGUCAGAAGCAAAUACCGUGUGUGACGUCAAUGCUAACUCGCAUUCUGCGCUUUACGGACAAACACCCUACUAGCCAGGCAGGCUAGCUAGUUAUCAGCUAUCUUGUUUAAUAUAAUAUUAUUCAUGCUAGCCUCAUUCUGGAUUCCAUUUGACUUUAAGUUUACUAUCGACAACGCAAUUAUUGGGCACAAACAAAUCCCAAAAUACUCUUCCAUUAUUAAUCACCAAAACUUUAGUAGAUUAAGAAAUCGACAAACAUAUGGAUUAGAUAAGAGCCACAGCAUUAUAUAUUUGAUAAACACAUAUAUAAAUAA